UGUAAUGAUUUGCAUGUGUGCAAUAUAAAGUUGUACAGUGUGUAGCCUUGGCUCAUCGUCUUUAUGAAACGCUUUUGACAGUUUUCUCAUAAACCACGCCUUUACUCCUGCAUCCUGGUAUUGUAUUGGUUAAGGAGCAGGUCGCCUAAAACCUUACUGGUUGUUUUUUUCAUAGGGUCCCAAACAGCUCCGAGAUUUGGAAUAUUUGCUUACUGUCUAGCAGCAAAAUGGCGACUGUCAUUCAGAAUCCUCUCAAAUCGCUAGGUGACCAGUUCUACCGUGAGGCCAUAGAACACUGUCGCAGCUAUAACGCCCGUCUGUGUGCCGAGCGGAGCGUCCGUAUGCCCUUCCUGGACAACCAAACUGGCGUGGCCCAGAACAACUGCUACAUCUGGAUGGAACAGCGCCACCGCGGGCCAGGUCUGGGUGCUGGACAGAUAUAUGCGUAUCCUGCGCGGUGUUGGAGGAAGAAGAGGCGGCUUCAUCCCCCUAUGGACCCUCAGCUACGACUCUGUGAACUACGACUGGAGGCAGAGCUGGCCCCUAAGAGGGAGCCCUCCCCAGGAGAGGCCACAGCUCUGGAGACCCUGCUCAGAGGGGAGGGAAUACUGGAGAAGAAGAAAGACAUCAAGGAGGACGAGACCCUUCUGGAGAUACAGAGGGUCUUGGAGGCCGACGAGAAUGGGGACGGUUUUCAUCAUGACAAUGAGGACUUUGAAGUGGACACUCCGAAGAGGAAGCAGAGGAAAGGAAGGGGCCGAGGAUCCAGCCGCAGGAGGGCAGAGGCUGUGUCCAACGACGACGUGGAUAAACCUUACGUCUGUGACAACAGAUACAAACAAAAGCAUAACUCAAAAACUGCUGACUCAGUCUGUGGGAAGCGCUAUAAGAACCGUCCAGGUCUGAGCUACCACUACGCACACACACACCUGGCGGAGGAGGAGGGGGAGGAGAGGGAGGAGAGGGAGGAGAGGGAGGAAGAGAUACCACCGUCCUCGCCACCACACCGACCAGACCCGGACAACCACAAACCUCAGAGGGCUGCAGACGGCUCCAUCAUUCCUAACGACUACUGUGACUUCUGUCUGGGAGACUCUGACUCUAACAGGAAGACUGGCCAGGCUGAGGAGCUGGUGUCCUGCUCUGACUGCGGCCGCUCCGGCCACCCAACCUGUCUGCAGUUCACAGACAACAUGAUGACGGCGGUGAAGACCUACCAGUGGCAGUGCAUUGAGUGCAAGUCCUGCAGCCUCUGUGGCACCUCCGAGAACGACGACCAGCUGUUGUUCUGUGACGACUGUGAUAGAGGAUACCACAUGUACUGUCUGAAGCCCCCCAUGACCCAACCUCCUGAGGGGAGCUGGAGCUGUCACCUGUGUUUGGAUCUGUUGAAGGACAAGGCCUCAGCCUAUGAAGAGCCAUAGCGUCACACACACACACACACACACACACACACACACACACACACACACACACACACACACACACACACACACACACACAAUGGAUUUACAGGCUCAGGGUGCAUAUUCAGUCUCAUCUCGUUCAGUUUCUCAGUUUCUAUCUAAGUACUCUCCUCUACCUCUGAAGUCGAAACAAUGUCAUGAUGUGGGUUAUAAAAACCACAAAGAAAAUCGGCAAAUAGUAAUCUUUGCUACGUAGCGUUUGACACUACGCUGUUCUACCAUGUAGUCUCUUCUGACUGUUAGCUCGCUAGAGAUGUUUGUGCUGAGGUCAAAAAUACAUUAUGUACCGGAAACAAGGAGAAUUUAUGUCUGUUUGUUUACAUUUCAGUUUCCAGUCCUCUCCUUGUUAAGAUUUCACAGUGACGUUCUUUCAUAUUGCACCAAGACAUGUUGCAUAUUUGAAAUAGCGUUACUCACAGGACUUAUCGAGCAUCCUUUUGUUUUUUGUGGGGUCAUUGCAGCCAUUAUUUAAUUUCAGUUGGAUCUUAGCCAGGUUUGUGGUUACUAGGAUACUAAACGUACCUCAUGACAACGAUCUAAAUCGUUAUUAAUUUAAAACUGGUCUUAUUUAUACAUUUCUGGUUAUUGUGACUGUUGGAUGGAUGCUUUGUUUGUAAAAAAAGAAGCAACACAAUAUGGUGGCAAUCCUGCUCCAGUCCCAAGUUCUGGUAUCUAGAUCAUGUUGCGCUCUCUGUUAAUGUGUUACCAUGCAAGAGGGUUUACAUGUUGUUCAAUCAGAUUUUGUAAAUCGAUGUAGGAAACUGGUAAAGGGCUUUAUACAUAGACCAUAGAGAGAAACAUACAGCAUUCACACCCCUGGACUUUCCCCAAUUAAUUUAAUUGUAUUUUUUUUUGUGUCAACGAUCUACACAAAUUACUCUCUAAUUUAAAAGUGGAAGAAAAACUCAAACAUUUGUCAACAAAAAAAGAGAAGGAAAUACAGAAAUUUCGAAUUUACAUAAGUAUUCAACCCCCCCCCCCCUCCCCUCAGGUCAAUACAUGU